AUGACCAAGCCCAGUCUCCUCGAGCUCCCGCCGGGGGUUCAGCUCGUCUAUCUGGCCGAGGGCGGUGCCAAUGUGAUCUAUCGCUUUGUUCAGGCAAAAUCCCCCAUCGCACCCAAGAGACUCUCCGUGGGCCCGGUGGCCCCGACCUGUGAAGGGGCCGAGGAAUACGCAGUGCCUUCGCUCUUCAUGGGGAAAUUGCUUCGUCUGCGCAAGGACACAGCUGCUGGUGUCUCGUACAAGGAGAUUGCGCAAAACUUCAAUACCAUCGUGCGCCCGCUCUUCAGGCCCGAAGAGCUGGUCGACCAGACGCUCAUCCGACUACCGGAUGGUCUGACCUACCGCUGCAACGAGCUGCUCCGCAUCGCUGAGCUCAAUGGCAGGCGGCCCAAGAAGCGGCAUGGCGGUUACCUGUGUCUGACCGAGCCAUUUGGGCUUCUCAUCACCGAUAUGACGACCUUUGACGAACCGGGGGCGACACUGGCGGAGCUGAAGCCGAAAUGGCUCACCCAGUCUCCAUCGGCACCUGCGACAGCCCACAGAUGUCGGACUUGUGCGUUGAGGGAAAUGAAGAACCACGAUGCGCGAAGCUUGGGACAGAAAGAGCAGCGCUCCUUCUGCCCUCUCGAUCUUGUAUCAGAGCGCGUGGACAACGUCUUCCGGGCUACCACUUUCAUUCAAGGGUGUAGCGACCGAGCACGGUUAGCGCGUAUCUUGUUCCGCAAUCCCACGCUCCUGAAACUGCAAUCACAACAGAAGACCUGGCGCGGAGUUGGCCUCCUUGGACCCUCGGCACAGUCUCACGAGACCUCCCUCGACAUGACGCUCCGAGACUGCACCAUGUUCAUCAAGAUUCCCCGAGACGAAAAAUCCCCCGUCGAGAUCCGUCUUGGAGACCUGGACCUGAAAACCGGUGCUGGCGGGAAAGCCAAGUACUGGCGAGACGUCGAGAUGCACUUGAUCGAAGGAGGCUGGUACCGCGGCGCCAACCGCACCCAGCAUCCAAGCGAAUGUGCAAUGCAGCACCCACGUGCUCAUCACCCUGCCGCGACUUGA